AUGGGCAUCUGCUUUUCUCUUCAUUCUCAUGAACUCAUCUCACCCUUUUUGGACAGACUGGUGACCGAUGAUGAAAAAUGGGUCUUUUGUCAAAAUGUUAAGUGUUGUAGACAUUGGCUAGUUGAAAGGGAAAAGACCCAACCACAACUGAAAAGGGAACUCCAGGUGAAGAAGGUUCUUCUCUCUGUUUGGUGGGAUUGCAAAGGAAUCAUCCACUUUGAAUUGCUACCAACUAAUGCAACAAUCAAUGCUCAAAUCUACUGUCAGCAUUUAGUGUGUUUGAAAGCUACUUUGAAGAAAAAAAGGUUUGUCUUAGUGAACUGGAAGUGGGUGGUGUUUCAUCAGGACAAUACAAGACUGCACACUGCUAAGAUCACAUCACAGAUGAUCAAGAAACUUGGCUGGGAGAAAAUUACUCAUUCACCUUAUUCCCCAGACCUUGCUCCUUCAGAUUACCAUUUGUUCCACAGUGUACAGAAUCAUUUGGAUGGAUUAACUCUUGAAACAACCAAGGAAAUCAAAACUGACCUUUCAGAGUUCUUCUCUUCGAAACUGAAAGAGUUUUUCACUAAUGGGAUUAAAAUGCUUAUAAGUAGAUGGAAAGAUGUCAUAGAUAAUCAUGGAAACUAUAUUGAUGAUUAA